ACAGCUUAUACUGACUGAUUUAUGUGAAAUAAUGUUUUACUUCAUUGUCAUAUUGCGAUUUUUAGUCGUAACUUCUAGUGAAAUAGAACCUAAAGUAGUAAUGGGUGAUGAAACUAGUAUACAAAACCAUCCGUAUUCAGCAUUUCUUAUCAUAGCUCAAGACACAUCUGCGCAUAUUUGUGGAGCUUCGAUCGUUAACCAAAAGCUACUUCUAACAGCAGCACACUGUUUCGACGCGCUUAACCGCAAAUAUAAGGUUAACGCUAAUGUCGGUCACACGAACAAGCGCAAAGGACAUUUUUUAAAAAUAACAAGGGUAAAAGUUCACCCUCAAUACGAUAAAAUAAAGAUCGCCAACGAUAUUGCACUGGCCGGAUUAAAAAAGGAAAUUAAAUUUGGUGAAAUUGUUAACAGAGUAGUCUUAGCUCAGCGUCGACCGCGUGAAGGUCCUGCUUUGAUCGCUGGGUGGGGAUUCGUGGGUGAAAAUCCGUAUGAAGAUUCUGACUUUUUGCAUGAAACAAAGCAAAGGGUUUGGUCAAAAACUGACUGCGUUAAAUUUCUAAGUGAAUUACCAGAAGGAACAUUUUGCAGCGGUAGAGUUCGUGAUGGCGGGUACCCUUCUCACGGUGAUUCUGGCAGUCCUCUCAUAAUUGAUGGAUACUUGCAAACUGGCCUGGUCUCCUUCAAAAACAUGGAAGUAUCUAGGUCCAUCAUAGUUUACACGGAUAUUCCAUACCAUUACGACUGGAUUGCUAGGAAUGCUUUAGCUGUGUUUUGUGGAUAAAUUAAAAUUUUAUAAGCGAAAGUUUUAAAGUAAUAACGGAAAUAAUUUUGUUUUAGUUUUAGUUUAGUUUUAGUUUAAAUAUAUUAAACUAAAACUAAACUAAUUAAGUUAACAGAACAAGAACCUAGGGAUUUGCAGCUUGACAAACGAGAUAGUAUAUUUAAUGUUUGACACUUAUAUCAAGAGCAGAAUGAACUUUCAAUUAUUUUCGAGUAAUAUAUAAUUUUAAACUUACAUAGAAGGAUACCCGCCGUCAUGACCUCUACCGCCGCAAAAUAUUCCUUCUGGUAUGUUCCUUAGGACUUUAACGCAGUCGCUUUCUGGCCAAAUCCUUUGUUCUGUUUGAUGUAACACGUCAGUAUCUUUAUAUGGUUCUUCCUACAAUUAUUUAAUUAAAUAAACGAAUCUAUCGAAUUUAUUGAUCAUAAAACAACCGACCUACGGUAACCAUAAAUAAUAUGAAAAUAAUAUUGUAUAGCGA